AUGUACUGUACUUCUAUCCGUCAACUGAACUACAUCCUCUCACUGCUUCCAGGUGCAGUGUGUAGCCGGAGCAGCACAGAGGGAGGAAGCUUUGGGGAGGAGGCGGUGCAGCAGCGCACCCCUCCGGCUGUGGAUGUGCUGGGUGGCGACCCUCAGGCUGCGCAAAAUGUGGCAGGGUCAUCCCUGCAGCCGGUCGUCGCUGCGCCUCUCCCACCACUGGAUAACAUGGCCACGUCACAGCCGGAAAGACACGGACACGUCGGUGAAAAUAACACACCCACAGAGACUCACCCCAACGACAACACUAAGGACAGCCUUGAAGAAGGGACAAUGUCAGAUAGUGGUGGUGAGGCUGUUCAAGGAAGAUUGGGCCCGUCGCACCCGAAGGACCCAAGUCUCUCUACAGAGUCCCAUUCAGACAGACUCUAUGACACACCGACAGAUGGAACAGCGCAAUAUUUGCAUUACGUGUCACAAACUGAUAACAGCAGCCACACAGACAGACAAACGAGCGGUACAGAGUGGAGUGCUGCUGGACCUGGUCAGGACCAGGCUCUGCAGCAGGAAGUUGCAGGUGGACUGGUGGUCAUCAGUGGGACAGAAAGGGGCCAGCCUCUCCCAGAGACAGAGAAAUUGGAAUAUAAACAAGAGACUGGAAUCGAGGAACUUGGCGGAGAACACCCAGCUAGAAACCUUCCCUCUGAAUCCUGCUCAACAGUGUCCCCUCUUCCCCUCAGCCCAAAUAAAGAUACAGUCCCAGACCACACCGAAGACAGAGGGAUGGAUCAGCCUCAAACAACUCUGCCUACUCAGGCAGAUCAGGCCAGCCACAUACCUCUGUCUGAAGUCAAAGAGCAAGCAGGCAUUCUCCCAAAUUCUGAGCAGCCUAUCCCCCCAGUGCCCAUCACUGACAACAGUAAGAAGAAACAAACCUACAUCUCCACAGAACCUAAAAUCACGCAGAACUCGAAUGACGACCAAGAAGAGAUACAGGGAGCUAAUGCGGUGGAUCAGGGACCACAAGAAUCUGAGAGAUCUACAGAACCGUCUGAGAGUAGACAUGUCACACUUGGGAGUUCGCAAACGCUACUCCCAGACCCACCAACUGACGUAUCCGGGACCCCACAGUCAAGAGAAACAUACUCUGGGCUUGUCCCCUACACGCCCCCUGGCAGUGGUAAUUCCACCCCAGACUACACAACUGACAGACAGGAGAGUGAGAGCGAUAUCCAGAAAAAUCCCCCUCACCCAGCAGAAAAACGGAUUGAGACUAACAGGGCAGAGGAGGAGACUGAAACGGCCAAGCCCUCACCCAACUUUACAAUCCAGUCACAAAGCUCUUUUCUACAAGAGACAACAACAGCAGCAACCUCUCCUAUCCACCACCUCCCCAGUACAGAAAUAGACUUAAUGCAGACCGAACAAUCUGAAGUUCUGAUGUCUAAUCCUGACCACAAAACCAGGAUGGAGACGCUACUGGUCUCUGAGCUUGUGCUCUCAACUGAUGCUCGAGGAGCUGUGAUGCUUGGAGGAGAGACCAGCCUGGAGUUGUCUGAGGAGGUGCAGGUGGAUCAGUGUGUCCUCCUGGAAGAACAUCUUGUCAGUGGCGAUACUGCUGUUAUUGAAUUAAACUCUGAACCUUCUGACAGAGAACCAACGUCGUUUAUUGAAGGGACCCAUUCGGAUAUCGAAAUGGCCCCACUGGCUGCGGGAGAAUUUGAGAUUUAUAGCUUUGUGGAGGAGGAGAUUGCGAUAGAAGUUGUUGGAGAGAGACCGUCUCUCUCCCCGAACUACGAAGUAAACUUAUUCACCCCACUCAUUGAACACUCUGAGAAUUGUACAGCCAGUGAGGGACAAGAAAUACACCUGCUAUCUUACCCUCAAGCGAGUAAUGACAAUGAUCAAGUCAUUAUCCAGCAAGGCCCCCUUUCAUCAGAUCACGGUCUCUCAGAAAUGGUCUGUUCAAAUGACUUUACCCCUAGUCUCUCCACACAAGAUGUAGAGAUGACUGAUGAAGGGCAGAAUUUUGAGCCUGAAAACACAACUACUGAAAUGGACAAUGCUGUGGUGGAAGAUUCAAGUGAGGUGUGUGUAGUUCAAACUGUCCCAGUAUCAGAUACUCCAGAUGGACAGAUGGACACCUGUGCACAAGCUACAGCACCUUGUCUGGAGACCAGCACAGCUGUCUCAGACCAUAGAGGGGUGAGCAUUUCCCCAGCCACCAGUCUGAGUGACACACAAACGCUGCCAGAGGAAACGGAAGUGGGAGCAACGGCCAGUACGUCUUCUCUUGUCUCCCCAAUGGAAGAAUUAACAGAGGUUGUUGUACAGUCAACCAGUCAACACAGUAUUGAGGUACUCUCCUCCCCAAUUACCAUACACCUGCCAGAGGGUAGAGAGCAGAAUUGUCCUCCUCUAAAAGAGGUACCAGGAGUCACCUUACAAAAUACUACAGAACCCAAGCCCUGUGUUUCUUCUCAUGAAGGGACCAAAUAUCCACAGCCCUGUCCAACUCUGACAGAAACCCCAGUGCAGACCCAGCAGGAUGUUUAUCGUACCGUUAAUGUGACAACAACCGAGGCCAACCCAGAGGCUUCCCGGUCCACACACUCUUCGGGCAUCAUCGACCCAAAACUCCUUCUACUAAAGCGUGGGGACACCCCUCUCCUCAAACAUCCUCCCUCCUUAUUGUUGGGGGUAUCUAGGCAGCAGAGCAACAGCCUGACACAGGCUAGCGCUAGCAGCUCCAGCUGUGGCUCGGACACAGCACCUGUAUUAGAGUGCCUUCCAAAAGCUGUGUCAGCCGCAGUCUCUGUGCCUUUGCCGAAGCCUUUGCCUGUCAGCAGUCAUAGAGACCAGACCGAGCCCUCUGUCAAGAGAGAACCCACAGCAGCACCUCCUGCUACUCCCGCUACAAACACCCCAUCUCAGUCCCGUCUGCCCCCUCCCUCUACUCCCACACCCACACCAUGCAAAUCUGACAAAGAGGCCUUAACUCCGAUCAAAACAUCCACUGGCAAAGCAGUGACUGUGUCUCAAACCCUAAACCCGAACAUCACCAACGCAUCUUCCAAGCCCCUCUCUGCCCUCAAGUUGCCCUCAACAUCAGGCAAUGUGACGAGGAGUAAACUCUCCGGUUCCCCCAGUGAUGGGAGCCAGUCUGGACCACCCCCCGUCAUCCGGCCACGGCUAGCCGGUGUGAAGGGCCCAGGGCUCAGCAGCCCCAAGGAGGAGAGCAGUGAUGAGGAGGCUGACCUGGCAGUGGAGGCCCAGCCUGGCCGAAGGAGCAUGGUCAACCCCAGCCCAGCAGAGAGCAAGGUAUGCCCCAAAAUGGCUUUCCAUGUAGGCCUAGCUGCUUUCUUCAGAUGUGUUGCCAAAUCAGCAAUUAUAUGGCUAUGUAUCAACAGAGACCAUUCUUUUAGCAUGAAAGAUGGGCUAAUGAUUGCUCUGACAGUUUUCUUAAGCAGCAUACAAUAAUCAUUUUGCUACUGUGCGAAUAGUUGUUUAUUAUGCUUAUUUUGUCUGCUUAUAAUGAAGGCAUAAUGUGUUGAUAUGCAAUUUUGUGAUAUUCAAUUCAGCAAAAACUGAAAGGGAGAUCUAUAAAUCAAAUCAAAUUGUAUUUAUCACAUGUGCCGAAUACAACAGGUGUAGACCUUACUGUGAAAUGCUUACUUACAAGCCCUUAACCAACAAUGCAGAAAAAUAAGAGUUAAGAAAAAUAUUUACUAAAAAAAUACAUAAAAUAACACAAUAACAAUAACGAGGAUAUAUACACGGGGUACCGGUACUGAGUCAAUGUGCGGGGGUACAUGUUAGUUGAGGUAAUAUGUACAGUACCAGUCAAAAGUUUGUACACACCUACUCAUUCCAGGGUUUUUCUUUCUUUAUACCAUUUUCUACAUUGUAGAAUAAUAGUGAAGACAUCAAAACUAUGAAAUAACACAUAUGGAAUCAUGUAGUAACCAAAAAAGUGUUAAACAAAUCAAAAUAUAUUUUAUAUUUGAGAUUCUUCAAAGUAGCCACCCUUUGCAUUGAUGACAGCUUUGCACACUCUUGGCAUUCUCUCAACCAGCUUCAUGAGGUAGUCACCUGGAAUGCAUUUCAAUUAACAGGUGUGCCUUGUUUAAUUUGUGGAAUUUCUUUCCUUAAUGCAUUUGAGCCAAUCAGUUGUGUUGUGACAAGGUAGGGGUGGUAUACAGAAGAUAGCCCUAUUUGGUAAAAGAUCAAGUCCGUAUUAUGGCAAGAACAGCUCAAAUAAGCAAAGAGAAACGACAGUCCAUCAUUACUUUAAGACAUGAAGGUCAGUCAAUCCGGAAAAAUUCAAGACUUUGAACGUUUCUUCAAGUGCAGUCGCAAAAACCAUCAAGCGCUAUGAUGAAGCUGGCUCUCAUGAGGGCCGCCACAGGAAAGGAAGACCCAGAGUUACCUCUGCUGCAGAAGAUAAGUUCAUUAGAGUUAACUGCACCUCAGAUUGCAGCACACAUAAAUGCUUCACAGAGUUCAAGUAACAGACACAUCUCAACAUCAUCUGUUCAGAGGAGACUGCGUGAAUCAGGCCUUCAUGGUGGAAUUGCUGCAAAGAAACCACUACUAAAGGACACCAAUAAGAAGAAGAGACUUGCUUGGGCCAAGAAACACGAGCAAUGGACAUUAGACCGGUGGAAAUCUGUCCUUUUGGUCUGAUAAGUCCAAAUUUGAGAUUUUUGGUUCUAACCGCCGUGUCUUUGUGAGACGCAGAGUAGGUGACCGGAUGAUCUCCGCAUGUGUGGUUCCCACCGUGAAGCACGGUGGAGGAAGUGUGGGGGUGCUUUGCUGGUGACACUGUCAGUGAUUUAUUUAGAAUUCAAGGCACACUUAACCAGCAUGGCUACCACAGCAUUCUGCAGCAAUACGCCAUCCCAUCUGGUUUGGGCUUAGUGGGACUAUCAUUUGUUUUUCAACUGGACAAUGACCCAACACACCUCCAGGCUGUGUAAGGGCUAUUUGACCAAGAAGGAGAGUGAUCGAGUGCUGCAUCAGAUGACCUGGCCUCCACAAUCACCCAACCUCCACCCAAUUGAGAUGGUUUGGGAUGAGUUGGAACCGCAGAGUGAAGGAAAAGCAGCCAACAAGUGCUCAGCAUAUGUGGGAACUCCUUCAAAACUGUUGGAAAAGCAUUCCAGGUGAAGCUGGUUGAGAGAAUGCCAAGAGUGUGCACAUCUGUCAUCAAGACAAAGGGUGGCUACUUUGAAGAAUCUAAAAUAUAUUUUGAUUUGUUUAACACUUUUUUUGGUUACUACAUGAUUCCAUAUGUGUUAUUUCAUAGUUUUGAUGUCUUCACUAUUAUUCUACAAUGUAGAAAAUUGUAAAAAUAAAGAAAAACCCUUGAAAGAGUAGGUGUGUCCAAAAUGUUUACUGGUACUGUACAUGUAGGUAGGGGUAAAGAGACUAUGCAUAGAUAAUAAAUAGCGAGUAUUAGCAGUGUAACAAAAAGAGGGGGUCAAUGCAAAUAGUCUGGGUAGCCAUUUGAUUAACUGUUCAGCAUUCUUAUGGCUUGGGGGUAGAAGCUGUUAAGGAGCCUUUUGGACCUAGAUUUGGCGCUCCGGUACCGCUUGCUGUGUGGUAGCAGAGAGAACAUAAACUCCUUUUUCAGUUAGAAUAAUUUGGAGCUUGAUGGCUAUGGUUAGUUAAAUGUAGAAAAAUGUUGGUGCUGCAGUAUACACUAUAUAUACAAAAGUAUGUGGACACCCCUUCAAAUUAGUGGAUUCGGCUAUUUCAGCCACACCGUACAAUUGAGCACACAGCCAUGCAAUCUCCAUAGACAAACAUUGGCAGUAGAAUGGCCUUAAUGCAGAGCUCAGUGAUUUCAAUGUGGCACUGUCAUAGGAUGCCACCUUCCAACAAGUCAGUUCGUCAAAUUUCUGCCCUGCUAGAGCUGCCCCAGUCAACUGUAAGUGCUGUUAUUGUGAAGUGGAAACGUCUAGGAGCAACAACGGCUCAGCUGCGAAGUGGUAGGCCACACAAGCCAAGCUCACAGAAUGGGACCGGCGAGUGCUGAAGCGCGUAGCGCGUAAAAAUCAUCUGUCCUCGGCUGCAACACUCACUACCCAGUUCCAAACUGCCUCUGGAAGCAACGUCAGCACAAUAACUGUUUGUCGGGAGCUUCAUGAAAUGGGUUUCCAUGGCUGAGCAGCCGCACACAAGCCUAAGAUCACCAUGCGCAAUGCCAAGCGUCGGCUGGAGUGGUGUAAAGCUCGCCGCCAUUGGACUCUGGAGCAGUGGAAAUGCGUUCUCUGGAGUGAUCAAUCACGCUUCACCAUCUGGCAGUCCGGCCGACAAAUCUGGGUUUGGUGGAUGCCAAAUGCCAACAACUCUCAUCACCCCGAGAACAGCAUCCCCACAGUGAAGCAUGGUGGUGGCAGCAUCAUGCUGUGGGGAUGUUAUUCAUCGGCAGGAACUGGGAAACUGGUCAGAAUUGAAGGAAUGAUGGAUGGCGCUAAAUACAGGGAAAUUCUUGAGGGAAACCUGUUUCAGUCUUCCAGAGAUUUGAGACUGGGACGGAGGUUCACCUUCCAGCAGGACAAUGACCCUAAGCAUACUGCUAAAGCAACACUCGAGUGGUUAAGGGGAAACAUUUUAAAUGUCUUGGAAUGGCCUAGUCAAAGCCCAGACCUCAAUCCAAUUGAGAAUCUGUGGUAUGACAUAAAGAUUGCUGUACACCAGUGGAACCCAUCCAACUUGAAGGAGCUGGAGCAGUUUUGCCUUGAAGAAUGGGCAAAAAUCCCAGUGGCUAGAUGUGCCAAGCUUAUAGAGACAUACCCUAAGAGACUUGCAGCUGUAAUUGCUGCAAAAGGUGGCUCUACAAAGUAUUGACUUUGGGGGGGUGAAUAGUUAUGCACGCUCAAGUUUUCUGUUUUUUAGUCUUAUUUCUUGUUUGUUUCACAACAAAAAAUAUUUUGCAUCUUCAAAGUGGUAGGCAUGUUGUGUAAAUCAAAUGAUACAAACCCCCUAAAAAUUAAUUCCAGGUUGUAAGGCAACAAAAUAGGAAAAAUGCCAAGGGGUUGAAUACUUUCGCAAGCCACUGUAGCUGUGAUCUCUAUCCAUGUUUGCCUCUGUUCCUGUAGGCACAAUCUUGUUAUGGUCCUGCUCAAAAGUCCUCAUUUCCUUCUCGUCUUCUUUUCCUCUGUUUCCAGGUACGCCAGUGGAUAGCAGACAGGGUCACGCAAAGUUCGUCUCCCACCUCCUCCUCCAUUUCGUCCCCCUCUCCUGGCCUAUCAUCCCCUAGUGACUGGACUCCCAGCACUACUCCCCUCAUUCUCCGAGGUGCCCAGGGCAGGUUCCUCUCUCUGCCCUCUAUGGGCCCAGGUGGCUCCUCCCCAUCGGACCCGGUCACUCCCCAUCGACCCCGCAUGGAGCGUCAUGCAGACAUGGCUGAACUGGCCAAACACGUGAGUCAGCGUUCUGAUUUGGAGCACGUCUCCUGCUCAUCCUUCUGACCUUUGUUCCUAAUUGUCAACUGUGAAUUGUUUUUCAUUUAAACAACUGUCUAGAUUAGAACAACUUGAGUUGCUUUAUUUCUAUAAUUCCAGAUAUGAACUAUGUGUUGUAGGAAGCGGAGAUAGAAGGCAGGACCGUAGCGUUGAAGAGGGAAGGCUUCUGGUCUGUGAAGCGACUGACCCGCCUGACGGAGCCAGUCCGGCCGAAGGUGCACUGGGACUACCUGUGUGAGGAGAUGCAGUGGCUCUCGGGCGACUUUGCCCAGGAGAGGAGGUGGAAGAGAGGGGUCGCCAGGAAGGUAAGAAACCCCCUUAGAUCACUUUUAUUUGACACCACUUGGCAUCCCUCCAAAGUGGCAUCCAUAUUGCAGAGAGAUUGGUAUUACCUAUUGUUUGCUUAACCGCCGCCAUGAUUUCAGGUUAGGUGCAACAAGUUCAAAAGAACUCAAUAGAUAUUCAUGUUUCUCCAGGUGGUGCGGAUGGUGAUGCGACAUCACGAGGAGCUGAGGCAGAAGGAGGAGAAGGCCAAGAGGGACGAGCAUGCCAAAAUCAGACGAGUCGCCUCCAACAUAGCCAAGGAGGUCCGGGCCUUCUGGAGCAGUGUUGAGAAGGUGGUGCAGUACAAGCAGCAGUCCCGGUUAGAGGAGAAGAGGAAGAAGGCUCUGGACCUCCAGCUGGACUUCAUCGUGGGCCAGACAGAGAAAUACUCUGACCUCCUCAGUCAGGCCCUGGAAACGGCACCGGCUGGGAACAGUGAACCUACACCCUCACCACCCAAAACAUCUCUUCCACUUGUUGUGGAUGAAGAUGGUGAGAACUGUUUCUUUGCUAAUUAAUUAUUGAGUAUCCAGAUUUCCCCUAUUUAGGCUCUCUAGUUCUACCCGUGGAGGCUGCUGAGGGGAGGACGGCUCAUAAUAAUGGCUGGAAUGGAGUAUAAUGGCUGGAAUGGGGUGAAUGGAAUGGUAUCAAAUGCAUGAAAACCAUGUGUUUGAUACCAUUCAAUUCACUCCAUUCCGGCCAUUAUUAUGAGCGGUCCUCCCCUCAGUAGUCUCCACUGAGUCCUACCUACCUAUAAUUUACAACAUAAGGAGGUUGUUGUAGCCGCUGCUCUUACUUCAGCUGAUGUACUGUAUGUUAUGCAUCCUGGUGCAAAAUGCCUUCUGUGUGUCACGUGUUGGUGCUACACAUUGGUGAUGGAUGUGUUGCUUUGAGACUUUGUGAAAAGCACUAUUUAAAUGCAAUGAAUUGCUAUUGUUAAUCCAAAGCUAGUACUAGUACUAUCAGCAUGCCUCUGUUUAGUCUCCAUUAGCAACUGUCAGACUCAGUGAUGCCAGUCCAGCGACCAGACUGGCUGGCUGCCGGGUUAGGCUGCUGCCACCAUUACAAAUUACACAUUUCUGUUUGUGCAGAAAGGCGUUGGAGUUAAACAAUGACUUUAGUACAAGGGCUGCUCAACUACUAGAGGAAGCACAGCUGUGACGAGGGCAAUUCCACGGUAACAGAAUUACGCUGAGACUCAGUAAAUGUGUUUUUGUCAAAUUUUCGGUGUAAAUUGUUAAAUGUAAUCCUUGUGCAUAGUUAUAUGGCUUGAUACAUUUUGAAAUAAAUGGAUUUUGAUUAGGAUACAUUUUAACCCUCUAAGGUCGACGUCCCAGCGGAAAUCUAAUUAGCAUAAUAAGAACAUCCCCCUAAAAAAUCUGUCAGUUUAAGAUAGAGAUGUUUUUUUUGCAUUGGAUGCGUCUCAAUCCACCGCAUCCGCCUAUGUCGCACUUCCGAAUCUGCGGUGAAAGGUGACAGAGCUAGAGCGGUGUUUGUCAGACCGUGAGACAUACCGAAAAUCAGUCUUCUCACAAAAUCGUCUGUAGUGUCCGUUUGGCCUACAAACUAUUAUGACCCCUCUGUGGAAAGAUGAGACUCCCGCGAACACAACGGUUGCCUCCGUUUUGCUCUACGACCCCCACACGCGUCUUGGGACUCGUCUGAAGUCGGUACAGCCGAUCUGCCAACGUCUGUCUGUAGCAUCCGAACAGUUGGGGCACACACUAAUAUGACCCCACUGUAGAAAGGGGAGACUCUCACGAACACGUACAGUGCAUUUGGGAAGUAUUCAAACCCCUUGACUUUUUCCACAUUUUGUUACGUCACAGCCUUAUUCUAAAAUAGAUUAAAUUGUUUUUUUCCCUCAUCAAUCUACACACAAUACCCCAUAAUUACAAAUCAAAAACAGGUUUUUAGACAUUUUUGCAAAAGUAUACAAAAUAAAAAACGGAUAUUACAUUUACAUAAGUAUUCAGACCCUUUACGAUUACAGCCUCGAGUCUUCUUGGGUAUGACGCUACAAGCUUGGCACACCUGUAUUUGGGGAGUUUCUCCCAUUCUUCUCUGCAGAUCCUCUCAAGCUCUGUCUGACAAUGAUCCAAAACACACAAUCAAGUCUACAUGAAAAUGGUUAAAAAGCAACACAUUUGAAGUUUUGGUUCAGACCUAAUCCCAAUUGAGAUGUUGUGGCAGGACUUGAAAUGAGCAGUUCAUUCUUGAAAACUACCAAAUGUCGCUGAGUUAAAGCAAUUCUGCAUGGAAGAGUGGGACAAAAUUCCUCCACAGCGAUGUGAGAGAAUGAUCAACAACUACAGGAAGUGUUUGGUUGGAGUCAUUGCAGCUAAAGAUGGCACAACCAGUUAUUGAGUGAAAGGGGGCAAUUACUUUUUCACACAGGGGCAUUGGGUGUUGCAUAACAUUGUUUAUUAAAUACAUUAAAUAAGUAUGUAAUUGUUGUUAUUUGUUCACUCAGGUUGCCCUUUAGCUAAUAUUAGGUUUUGGUUGAAGAUCUGAUAACAUUCAGUAUAAAAAUUAUGCAAAAGUUGAGAAAAUUAGAAAGUACUGUAGCUUAGUAGAACCACCCCCCCCCCCCCCAGCCUGGUUUAGACAGGGCUUAGACUCUUAUGGGUUAAAGUGCAAAAUCUGAGUCUCAGUGUAAUUCCGUUAUCGUGGAAUUGCCCAAGGCAAAAGGCCAGUCUCAUCUCCUGCCUUUUUUUUCUGGCUAGAAACGAUGCAAUUAUUGCAUCUCUGAAGUGCAGUGACAUUCCAAUCAUCAGACGUGGCUUAGUUGGCAUAAUGGAAGCAAAGCUUUUCCAGAGCUGGAGACUGUUCAAUGCUGUUCAAAUAAGCCUGAUGCAGAGUCCUGCACAGUUUCUAGCCCAGGUGCCUUAACAUACUGUGGCCAUAUGGGGACAAGAUUUAACUUUCCUCUCUCUCUUCCUUCGUUCCGUUUGCAGACAGAGACUUUGAGCCUCCAUGUGGUGAGGAGGAGGAGGAUGAUGAGGAGACCAUCGAAGUGGAGGAGGAACAGGAUGGCAAUGACCCCGAGACCCAGAGGAGGGAGAUUGAGCUGCUGAGACAAGAGGGAACCAUGUCCCUUGCAGAGCUGCUCAGCACCCUCAAACGGCCCCUUUCACAGGUUGGUACCACUGACACAGGAGACUGGGCAGAGCCCCUCACUUAAACACUUGCAUACUGCACUCCCAUGCCCUUCCUUUGUAUAAGCUGGUGCACAUUAACCUCAUUGUUCAUACUAAAAUGUUGUAAAUGUUGUUAUUUGGUGGAGACUGACAUUGUUCCUUCUAUAGGACUCGGAAGAGGAGUGCUCAGACAAUUCGUCCACAACAGUGGACGUAGACGCAGAGUUCACAGCCAACGAAGAGAAUGGUAAGUGAGACUUUGUUAUCCAAUUGCAGUGUAUGUUAUAUGCAUGUAAAAUAGCUCACUUGUCAAUAUAUUGACUUGGCUGUGAGUAUUGUGUAAUUAUUUGUCCCUGUCUGUGGUGCUCAGCUGAAGAUGAGGAGGACACCAUCGCAGCCCAAGAGGUGGUGGAGGGGGAAGCAGAUCACGCAGGCGAGCUGGAUGACUUGGCCAAAGAAGGUAACCACCCACACUACUAAAAUAGUAAAACAGCUCUAUCUGCUGCACAGAUGUUGAGUUCAAUGGGCUGUGUAGUUGUUUUUAAACUAUUGUCAUUACAAGCUCCACAAGUAACUUUUUAUAUUCCUAUCUGUUGCCAGAACGUCCAUUAUUCAAGACCAUUCUAAACGUCAUUUCCUUCCCAUUCCCUUCCCAGGUGACAUGACUGUGGAGGAGCUGCUGGAGAAGUACAAAGGAGCGUACGCCUCUGAUUUCGAGGAGCCCUCGGCGCCUGCCUCUCCUGCCAGCUCCGAGGAGUCUGAAAAUUCUGGAGACGAGGAAGAGGAGAGCGAGGAAGACGAAAGUGACGUGGAAAGCAACAUCACCUCCUCAGGUACUGGCCACUGUAACAAAAUAGAAUAUCUUUGCUCUCUAACCUAGCGAAAACUCUAGGAAGCUUCACACUGGGCUUUCAGAUUGAAUUGAUACUGAAGAUCGACCUACAAACCAAAAACCGACUUUUUCAAGGGCUUUUACCUUAUGGAUUUGACUGUCAAGCUAUUGCAUUUGUCCUGAUUAUACCAUGUUCACUGCAUUACCCCUCUUCUCACCAACCACUCACUAGAUAAUGAGGACAGUGAAGAGGAAGAGGUCCGUGACAAUGAUGAAGAGGAUAGUGAUGAAGAUGAUGAGUGCGAUGAGGGGAUGGAGAUCCUGCUGAAGGAGGGGGACCACAGUCCCCCUCUCCCAACCGGCCCGCGGCCCAAGAAGGAGAUCAGCCACAUUGCUGCUACUGCAGAGAGCCUGCAACCCAAAGGCUACACCCUUGCCACAACCAAGGUGGGUAACCCAUGCCCUACAACACUGGCCAGAUGAUCAAGUAAGGACCCUUUGCUAUUAGUUUGGAGUUGACUUAACUUAAGGGAAAGGUUAAUAUUGUUCCAUUCAUUCCGUUCCAGCCAUUACAAUAAGCCUGUCCUCCAAUAGUAAAAUACAUUACAUGACCUAAAGUAUAUGGACACCUGCUCAUUCCAAAAUCAUGGGCGUUAAAAUGGAGUUGGUCCCCCCUUUGCUGGUUAAACAGCCUCCACUCUUCUGGGAAAGCUUUCCACUAUACAGUGCAUUCUGAAAGUAUUUAGAUCCGUUCCCUUUUUCCACAAGUUACAGCCGCCUUAUAAAAUGGAUGAAAUAAAAAAUAAUCCUCAUCAAUCUACACACACUACCCCAUAAUGAUGAAGCAAAACAAAAUUAUAAUUUUUUUUACAUAAGUAUUCAGACCCUUUGCUAUGACACUUGAAAUUGAGCUCAGGUGCAUCCUGUUUCCAUUGAGCAUCCUUGAGAUGUUUCUACAACUUGAUUGGAGUCCACCUGUGGUAAAUUCAAUUGAGUGGACAUGAUCUGAAAGGCACACACCUGUCUAUAUAAAGUCCCACAGAUAACAGUGCAUGUCAGAGCAAAAACAUUAACAUUUUUACAUUUACGUCAUUUAGCAGACGCUCUUAUCCAGAGCGACUUACAAAUUGGUGCAUUCACCUUUAUAGCCAGUGGGAUAACCACAUUACUAUUAGAAGGAUUACUUUAUCCUGUCCCAGGUAUUCCUUAAAGAGGUGGGGUUUCAAGUGUCUCCGGAAGGUGGUGAGUGACUCCGCUGUCCUGGCGUCGUGAGGGAGCUUGUUCCAUCAUUGGGGUGCCAGAGCAGCGAACAGUUUUGACUGGGCUGAGCGGGAACUGUGCUUCCGCAGAGGUAGGGGGUCCAGCAGGCCAGAGGUGGAUGAACGCAAUGCCCUCGUUUGGGUGUAGGGACUGAUCAGAGCCUGAAGGUACGGAGGUGCCGUUCCCCUCACAGCUCCGUAGGCAAGCACCAUGGUCUUGUAGCAGAUGCGAGCUUCAACUGGAAGCCAGUGGAGUGUGCGGAGGAGCGGGGUGACGUGAGAGAACUUGGGAAGGUUGAACACCAGACGGGCUGCGGCAUUCUGGAUGAGUUGUAGGGGUUUAAUGGCACAGGCAGGGAGCCCAGCCAACAGCGAGUUGCAGUAAUCCAGACGGGAGAUGACAAGUGCCUGGAUUUAGGACCUGUGCCGCUUCCUGUGUAAGGCAGGGUCGUACUCUCUGAAUGUUGUAGAGCAUGAACCUACAGGAUCGGGUCACCAAGCCUUGAUGUUAGCACCUAGCACCAAAAACCAAGCCAUGAGGUCGAAGGAAUUGUCCGUAGAGCUCCGAGACAGGAUUGUGUCGAGGCACAGAUCUGGGGAAGGGUACCAAAAAAUGUCUGCAGCAUUGAAGGUCCUCAAGAGCACAGUGGCCUCCAUCAUUCUUAAAUGGAAGACGUUUGGAACCACCAAGACUCUUCCUAGAGCUGGCCGUCCGGCCAAACUGAGCAAUCGGGGAGAAGGGCCUUGGUCAGGGAGGUGACCAAGAACCCGAUGGUCACUAACAGAGCUCCAGAGUUCGUGGCAGCAUCAUGCUGUGGGGAUGUUUUUCAGCGCGACAGGGACUGGGAGUCUAGUCAGGAUCGAGGGAAAGAUGAACGGAGCAAAGUACACAGCGAUCCUUGAUGAAAACCUGACAGCUGUGCAGCGACACUCCCCAUUCAACCUGACAGAGCUUGAGAGGAUCUGCAGAGAAGCACUCACUAACUGUAAGUCGCUCUGGAUAAGAGUGUCUGCUAAAUGUCUAAAAUGUCAAAUCUAAGAAUGGGAGAUACUCCCCAAAUACAGGUGUGCCAAGCUUGUAGCGUCAUACCCAAGAAGACUCGAGGCUGUAAUCGCUGCCAAAGGUGCUUGAACAAAGUACUGAGUAAAGGGUCUGAAUACUUAUGUAAAUGUGAUAUUUCAGUUUUAUUUUUUAUAAAUUAGCAACAAUUUCUUAAAACCUGUUUUUCCUUUGUAAUUAUGGGGUAUUGUGUGUAGAUUGAUGGGGGGGGACAAUGUAAUCAAUUUCAGAAUAAGGCUGUGACGUAAGAAAAUGUGGAAAAAGUCAAGGUCUGAAUACUUUCCGAAUGCACUGUAUGUUGGAACAUUGCUGUGGGAACUUGCUUCCAUUCAGCCACAAGAGCAUUAGUGAGGUCGGGCACUGAUGUUGUGCGAUUAGGCCUGGCUCGUAGUCGGCGUUCCAAUUCAUCCCAAAGGUGUUCGAUGGGGUUGAGGUCAGGGCUCUGUGCAGGCCAGUCAAGUUUUUCCACACUGAUCUCGACAAAACAUUUCUGUAUGGAUCUCGCUUUGUGCACAGGGGCGUUGUCAUGCUGAAACAGGAAAGGGGCGUCCCCAAACUGUUGACACAAAGUUGGAAGCACAGAAUCGUCUAAAAUGUUAUUGUAUGCUAUAGCGUUAAGAUUUCCCUUCACUGGAACUAAGGGGCCUAGCCCGAACCAUGAAACAGCCCGAGACCAUUAUUCCUCCUCCACCAAACUUUACAGUUGGCACUAUGCAUUGGGUCAGGUAGUGUUCUCCUGGCAUCCGCCAAACCCAGAUUUGUCCAUCGGACUGCCAGAUGGUGAAGUGUGAUUCAUCACUCCAGUGAACGCAUUUCCACUGCUCCAGAGUCCAAUGGCGGCGAGCUUUACACUACUCCAGCCGACGCUUGGCAUUGCGCAUGGUGAUCUUAGGCUUGUGUGCGGCUGCUUGGCCAUGGAAACCCAUUUCCCGACGAACAGUUAUUGUGCUGACGUUGCUUCCAGAGGCAGUUUGGAACUCGGUAGUGAGUGUUGCAGCCGAUGACAGACGAUAUUUACACGCUUCAGCACUCGGCGGUCCCGUUCUGUGAGCUUGUGUGGCCUACCACUUCGCGGCUGAGCUGUUGUUGCUCCUCAACGUUUCCACUUCACAAUAACAGCACUUACAGUUGACUGAGGCAGCUGUAGAAGGGCAGAAAUUUGACUAAAUGACUUUUUGGAAAGUGUCAUGUUGAAAGUCACUGAGCACUUCAGUAAGGCCAUUCUACUGCCAAUGUUUGUCUAUGGAGAUUGCAUGGCUGUGUGCUCGAUUUUGUACACCUGUCAGCAACGGGUGUGGCUGAAAUAGCCGAAUCCACUAAUUUGAAGGGGUGUCCACAUACUUUUGUGUGUAUAUAUAGUGUACUUAACUAGUCUAUAUCUCUUUAUUCAUGUAAUUGUUUGUUCUUCGUCAAUAGGUCAAGACUCCCAUUCCGUUCUUGCUGGUGGGCCAGCUGCGUGAGUACCAGCACAUCGGCCUGGACUGGCUGGUCACCAUGUACGAGAAGAAGCUCAACGGCAUCCUGGCUGACGAGAUGGGCCUGGGGAAGACUAUCCAGACCAUCGCCCUGCUGGCUCACCUCGCCUGUGAAAAGGGUAAGACAUUGAGUCAUUCAUUACAAUCCUUUCGUCCAUUCAUACACCAACGUUUCAACGUUUUACCAGGACAAUAGAAGAGAUGCACCAACCUAUAUAUCGGAUACUAAAUCAAGUUGGUUGUUCAGGUAACUGGGGGCCCCAUCUGAUUAUCGUGCCAACCAGUGUGAUGCUGAAUUGGGAGAUGGAGCUGAAGCGCUGGUGUCCUGGAUUCAAAAUCCUCACUUACUACGGCAGUCAGAAGGAGAGGAAACUCAAGAGACAGGUAAACAACUACCAACAAUCACCAAAUUCCCUUGUAAAUGGAUACAAAUCUUCACUGGCACUCACUAACUCGGGCCCACGGCACCUCACGAUGACUCCUCUCCAGCGCAAUCUGUUCUGGGCAGUCCUCUCCAGCUUGUUUCACCCCUUGCAGAUGUUCUGCCUCAAACUCCGGCCUCCAGGUUUUUCUUUGGCGACCUCUUUUCCUUUUCCCUUGCGGGUUCCAAAAUAAUCUUCACUGGUGCUGCCUCAUCUCCUUUCUGGUGCUCCCUGUCUCAUUCCAACUGAACAAAAAGUCAGUCUUGCAUACUGAAGUGGAUAAAAGCCCUGGCCCACUGAAGUGGAUCAAUUCAAGUGCCAGACCCUUUCGAUAAGCUAAUAAAAAAAGUCCUAUUUUCAGGGUUGGACCAAGCCCAACGCCUUCCACGUGUGCAUCACCUCCUACAAGCUGGUGCUGCAGGACCACCAGGCCUUCCGUCGCAAGUCCUGGCGCUACCUCAUCCUGGACGAGGCCCAGAACAUCAAGAACUUCAAGUCCCAGCGCUGGCAAAGCCUGCUCAACUUCAACAGGUCCGCACUAAGGGAGGGGAGAGGAGGGAGGAGAUGGUUAUAGAUGACUAGUAUAACUGUUGCCAUUGAACAUUUAUAAUCCUCAUUUAUGAAUGAAUAAAUAAUCAUAAUAAUACAAAGGAUUCUUAUAGCGCUUUUCUAAAAACCUUCAGACAAGUGCUUCCAUUUCUCUGCAUUCUUCCUUUACCAAUAUCAGUCAAAAUUAUGACAAAAUCUGAAAGUUCUUCGUCCAGUAGAAUAUAAAAAUCUUUAGUCAUAACCUCUGGUCAUUAUAACGUAUUCUAUGUUUUUUCUGGCCCCAGUCAGAGGCGCCUGCUCUUGACGGGCACCCCACUGCAGAACAGCCUGAUGGAGCUGUGGUCCCUGAUGCACUUCCUCAUGCCCCACGUCUUCCAGUCACACCGAGAGUUCAAGGAGUGGUUCUCCAACCCCCUCACCGGCAUGAUCGAGGGCAGCCAGGAGUACAAUGAGGGUCUGGUCAAGAGGUUACAUAAGGUAAGAACUCAGGCUGGCAUAGAUGGAGUAACGCGCAGUUGGUCAAGGGGGUGUGGAUUGGUCCGAAUAUUUAGGAGGGUCCAGAUUAAUGUUAAAUAAGAAGUUACUAUUUAUUACCACUAACUGUUUUACAUGUUUGCGCACAUUGAGAUGUUUUGAAAGACAUUCUGUUCCCUAACCCGAUAUAUCACCACUUUCUGUUUUUACCUUCCAGGUGCUUAGGCCGUUUCUGUUGAGGAGAAUCAAGGUGGAUGUGGAGAAGCAGAUGCCUAAGAAGUAUGAACAUGUGGUGCGCUGCCGUCUGUCCAAGAGACAGCGCUUCCUCUACGAUGACUUCAUGGCACAGGCCUCGUGAGUAUCUAUAGACAAGGGUGUUACUGGAAGCAAAUUAAUGCAUUGCAGGAGGGCUCAUUGGUUUGAAAUUCUGCCAGUAAUUAGCUUUUUACCUGUAUAUUCCUAUUUCUCAUUGCCAGAAGGUUUUUACAUCACUAUGAUGUACUUUAAACAGCUACUGUUGCUUAGAUCAUCUACUAGUUAGCAUUGUAUAGGAAUCCCUUUUUUUUGUAAUCUCACUUUAUUUCUCUCCCUUUUAUCGCUCUCUCUCUUAGUACCCGGGAAACGCUGGCUAGCGGUCACUUCAUGUCUGUGAUCAACAUCUUGAUGCAGCUCCGUAAAGUGUGUAACCACCCCAACCUGUUUGACCCGCGGCCCAUCCACUCCCCCUUCAUCACCAAGCCCAUCGUCUUCCAUACAGCCUCCCUGGUACAGCGAGCCCUGGAGAUCUCCCCAUUCAAGGUUAGCAUCUGAGUGUGUGCGCACAUAUACACGUUUAGAUGCAUAUAAAAUGCAUUUAUACGUAUCUAAACCUCCAUAACCUCUACUCUCCUCUGUCCCUCAGCGCGGUGACCUGUCCAUGUUUGACCUGGUGGGUCUAGAGGGCAGCGUGUCCAGGUACCAGGCCGACGUGUUUCUGCCCCGCAGGAAGGUCAGCCGCCAGCUGAUCCAGGAGGUCAUGGAGUCCCCCGACCCCCCUCCCCGCCCCAAACCUGUCCGCAUGAAGGUCAACAGGAUGUUCCAGCCGUUACCUAAGGCUGAUGGUUGCACGGUGCUGGUGGUGAACAACCCUCUGCUCACCUGCCCUGUCACCCCUGCAGCUCAGGCCCCAAUGCCCCGUCUCAUCCAGGAUGUGACCCCAACGCCCACCCCUCCACCUCCAGUCCAACAAGGUUAGUACUAAAUAGCAUGGAGUUAGAAAUAAAUAAUGCUUGAAUAGUUGUUGAUUUUACAUGGAAAAGAUCAACAUGAUCGAAGUGUUUUUUUUUUCUUAUGGUCUGAUUUUAACAUUCCAUUCAACAUUUCUUGUGGAAACAUCUACACAGCAGGACAAACUAUUGUAUUCUACACAACCAGACAUAAUGUAAUCCUGUCUUCUAUUCCCUUGUUUCCAUGAACCCUCAGUGUUGUGUUCAGUGGCACCCACUGCCCCUUCACGCCUGCCCAUGCACCCCAGCGGCCCCUUUGCGGUGGGCACUGUUGUGAGGUCUGGCUCCCCAAUGCCAGUCCUGGCUGUGCGCUCGCCCACCGUCUCCUGCAACCCCGCCACCCAUCCCACCCUUCCUCCCAGCAACGUCAUGACCCAACGGGUUCUGCUCAGCCCAGACAUGCAGGCCCGGCUUCCCUGUGAGUACCUGCCAUUCUCUCAAACACUCUGUCAGGCAACCAAUGUGCGUGAACAGUGCAUAAGUACAAACUGAAAAUGCACUGAAGAUGUAUUGGAAUGUAAAUUCCUUACCUUUUUUGUUUAUGCAUACUGGUGAAAUGACACUCAUCAACAGUUCAUUUCUUUAAUGACUCUCUCUUUCUUCAUCUCUCUAUCUCAGCUGGGGAGGUAGUGAGUAUCGCCCACCUGGCCUCGUUGGCUGGGCGUCCUGUGUCGUCGUGCCAGGGCAGUAAGCCUGUUACCUUCCAACUGCAGGGCAACAAGCUCACCCUGUCUGGAACCCAGCUCCACCAGGUCCCUGUGGCCCCUCCACGCCCAGUACAAGGUCCGCUCAGAUCCUAACAGUAUCAUAGAACAGUAUAUAGAGAUAUAUAUUAAUAGAGUGGCCCAUGUCAUAAAACUCUAGAGUGUGUUGAUACAGGCAGCCAUCUUUGGUGUUCUAUUUAAUUCAGUGGUACAGUAUCUAUCCUAUCCUGCACUGACAGGAGUGUCUAAAUGCGUUCUUUCUGGUGUGGUUCUAACUGUGGGCUCCGCAGGUAACUUCAUGCAUCUGGUGACCAGCGGAGGGCAGCACCACCUCAUCAGCCAGCCAGCCCAGGUAGCAGUGUUCAGUUCUGCCACCCCCUCUCCAGCACCCUCGGAAAUCCAGCUGCCUCUCAACGCUUCUCAAGGUACAGCAGCAUCCUCCUUCAAGUCUGUGGUAACUGAUCUGAUCUUCUCUGGUUAGCUGUCUUUUACCCUGGACUUGUUGUUAAGGCGGUUCAGUGAUGGUCAUGUUCUUACCCGUCUUUCCUCUCCAGUGCCCUCCUCCAUGGUGACCAGCUCUGGGAUCGUGAAGAUAGUGGUACGCCAGUCAAGCAAGGAAGGAGGGGGUGUACCCACCCUGGCAGUGCCCCCUUCUCCCCGCGUAGCUACCCAGGCAUCACCCUCCAUACACCACCAUGCCAAUGCCAACAUUGCUGUGAGAACCCCCCCUGCACAUCGCCACCCCGGACCUUCCACUGCUCAAUACACCCUGGCCCCACCUAGAACCCCUACGUCAGUCACAAUUAGAACCGCUACCCAAGCCCCUCCUCGUAUUCCUACACCAGCCCCUCCUCGAACCCCUACCACAGCCCCCCCUCAAAUCCUUACACCAGCCCCUCCUCGAACCCCUACUCCUGCCCCCCCUCAAAUCCCUACCCCAGACCCCAGUCAGCCCCAGCCCCCUCACCCAGUGCUGAAGAUUGAAACCAAGGUAGAAACCAGCACAGAACAGAAAGGUGAGGAGAUGAAUGCAAAUAAUUUAAAAACAGUUUCUGUAUUUACAAUCUUUGUAUUGAACAAGUCACUUCUCCUCUCUAGCUCGUCUGAAUUCUUUGUCGACGCGUGAGGAGAGCAGCGACACUAAAUCAGCCGUUCCUAAAUCAGGGUCCCAUGUUGGUGGAUUUGUCCCCCCUCGACCUCGGGCACAACCUCGCCCACAUCCUCGCUCCCCCUUCUACAUGGUACUUCCACUAUAUCUGCUUCUUUUAAAACAUAUAUUUUUUUUCUUGUUACUUGUUUCAAUCACCAUGUAGGAAAUAAUGAGGUUGUCAUAUUUUUUUAGCGUAUAUCCCACAGUAGUACCUUUUUUAGUUCUGUCAGUCAUCAAUCCACAGCAGAAUUCUUAAACUGACUCCUGUCAUGUUCCUUUAAAGAGACUUCAUAACUUUUGUAUAUUUUUUGGCAGUAGUUCUGAAAGCCGCGCCCAAGAGCCAAAUAGGAAGUUGUGUACUACGUCAUCACGUAAUUGCUGUUGAGCCCCUGCAGCAGUGCACAAAGAUAUAUAUCGCAGCAAAAAAAGAAACGUAUUUUUCAGCAAACUUAUCAUGUGUAAAUAUUUGUAUGAACAUAACAAGAUUCAACAACUGAGACAUAAACUCAACAAGUUCCACAGACAUGUGACUAAAAUAAAUGGAAUAAGUGUCCCUGAACAAAGGGGGGGUCAAAAUCAAAAGUAACAGUCAGUAUCUGGUGUGGCCACCAGCUGCAUUAAGUACUGCAGUGCAUCUCCUCCUCAUGGACUGCACCAAAUUUGCCAGUUCUUGCUGUGAGAUGUUACCCCACACUUCCACCAAGGCACCUGCAAGUUCCCGGACAUUUCUGGGGGGAAUGGCUCUAGCCCUCACCCUCCGAUUCAACAGGUCCCAGACGUGCUCAAUGGGAUUGAGAUCCGGGCUCUUCGCUGGCCAUGGCAGAACACUGACAUUCCUGUCUUGCAGGAAAUCACGCACAGAACGAGCAGUAUGGCUGUUGGCAUUGUCAUGCUGGAGGGUCAUGUCAGAAUGAGCCUGCAGGAAGGGUACCACAUGAGGGAGGAGGAUGUCUUCCCUGUAACGCACAGCGUUGAGAUUGCCUGCAAUGACAUCAAGCUCAGUCCGAUGAUGCUGUGACACACCGCCCCAGACCAUGACGGACCCUCCACCUCCAAAUCGAUCCCGCUCCAGAGUACAGGCCUCGGUGUAACCCUCAUUCCUUCGACUAUAAACGUGAAUCCCACCAUCACCCCUGGUGAGACAAAACCGCGACUCGUCAGUGAAGAGCACUUUUUGCCAGUCCUGUCUGGUCCAGAGACGGUGGGUUUGUGCCCAUAGGCGACGUUGUUGCCGGUGAUGUCUGGUGAGGACCUGCCUUAAAACAGGCCUACAAGCCCUCAGUCUAGCCUCUCUCAGCCUAUUGCGGACAGUCUGAGCACUGAUGGAGGGAUUUUGCGUUCCUGGUGUAACUCGGGCAGUUGUUGUAGCCAUCCUGUACCAGUCCCGCAGGUGUGAUGUUUGGAUGUACCGAUCCUGUGCAGGUGUUGUUACACGUGGUCUGCCACUGUGAGGACAAUCAGCUGUCUGUCCUGUCUCCCUGUAGCGCUGUCUUAGGCGUCUCACAGUACGGACAUUGCAAUUUAUUGCCCUGGCCACAUCUGCAGUCCUCAUGCCUCCUUGCAGCAUGCCUAAGGCACGUUCACACUGAUGAGCAGGGACCCUGGGCAUCUUUCUUUUGGUGUUUUUCAGAGUCAGUAGAAAGGCCUCUUUUAGUGUCCUAAGUUUUCAUAACUGUGACCUUAAUUGCCUACCGUCUGUAAGCUGUUAGUGUCUUAAGGACCGUUCCACAGGUGCAUGUUCAUUCAUUGUUUAGGGUUCAUUGAACAAGCAUAGGAAACAGUGUUUAAACUCUUUACAAUGAAGAUCGGUUAAGUUAUUUGGAUUUUUAUGGGAAUGUAUGUGUGUGUGUGUGUCAGUCAGUCAAAACUUUGGACACACCUACUCAUUCCAGGGUUUUUCUUUAGUUGUACUAUUUUCUACUUUUGUACAAUAAUAGUGAAGACAUCAGAGCUAUGGAAUCAUGUAGUAACCAUAAGUGUUAAACAAAUCAAAAUAUAUUUUAUAUUUGCGAUUCUUCAAAUAGCCGCCCUUUUCCUUGAUGACAGCUUUGCACACUCUUGGCAUGCUCUCAACCAGCUUCAUGAGGCAGUCACCUGGAAUGCAUUUCAAUGAACAGGUGUGCCUUCUUAAAAGUUAAUUUGUGGAAUUUCUUUCCUUAAUGCGUUUGAGCCAAUCAGUUGUGUUCUGACAAGGUAGAGUUGGUAUACAGAAGAUAGCCUUAUUUGGUAAAAGAUCAAGUCCAUAUUAUGGCAAGAACAGCUCAAAUAAGCAAAUAGAAACGACAGUCCAUUACUUUAAGACAUGAAGGUCAGUCAAUCCGGAACAUUUCAAGAACUUUGAACGUUUCUUCAAGUAAAUUUGCAAAAACCAUCAAGUGCUAUGAUGAAACUGGCUCUCAUGAGGACCGCCACAGGAAAGGAAGACUCAGAGUUACCUCUGCUGCAGAGGAUAAAGUUACCAGCCUCAGAAAUUGCAGCCCAAAUAAAUGCUUCACAGUUCAAGUAACACACACAUCUCAACAUGAACUGUUCAGAGGAGACUGUGUGAAUCAGGCCUUCAUGGUGGAAUUGCUGCAAAAAACGUGGGUAAAAGUUUGCCGUAUACAUUUCUUGAGAGUUGUAUGUGAUUUGCGCAAUAUAUUCAAAAAUUCUAACAAAAUACAGCAGCGACAGCAUUUAGGAGAUACAGGUUGUGAGCAUAGUGUUUCUGAUUAGUUUGACAAUUGUCAAUAAGGCCCGAGGAGGUGUGGUAUAUGGCCAAUAUACCACGGCUAACGGCUGUUAUUCGCACGACGCAACAAGGAGUGCCUGGACACAGCCCAUAGCCGUGGUAUAUUGUCCAUAUAUCACAAACCCCCAAGGUGCCUCAUUGCUAUUAUAAACUGUUUACCAACGUAAUUAUAGCAGUAAAAAUAAAUGUUUUGUCAUACCCAUGGUAUACGGUUUGAUAUACCACGGCUUUCAGACAAUCAGCAUUCAGGGCUCGAACCACCCAGUUUAUAAUACCAUCUAUAGUGCACAUCAUUUUCUGCUUGGUUUCCAGAGAAUCGUAGCAUAUUGAAAGAGAAAUUAAACUACUACCGAGGUCUAAUAGAUCUCAUUUUAAAUGUUUUAUUAUUAUUAUGCAUGAAUUUGAUCAACGUAUUCAAUGUGUUUUUGCUGUUAUCAAAAAAACAAAUGGUAAGCGCAUGUAGCAAGGCAAUCCCACUCACUUCAGAGUGUGUGCUCACUACAUGACAUGAACAAGCAUGUCUGAAUUGCACAAAAUUAUGGCAAGUAAAAAUCGAAGGAUUCUGUGCCUUUCUCCGCUGGGAGAGGACUGCAGAUGGUUUAUUAUCCAUGUAUGAGCCAUACAUUGACACGUUUAGUCCAAAACGGGACGUAAAAAAAAAAGUAACAAGGUUGUUUUCAAUCCUCUGGAGCGCCUCUUUAACUGUUGCUGUCCUAUCAACUUACAAACUGUCCCUUUCCUCUCCGUCAGUCAUGGCUGGCAGACAGCCGCAAGAAGCAGCGAGACAGCCGCCUGACCCAAAUCAUCCGGAUCAAUGACCUGCACUGCAGCGCCAAGCCCAUGUACGGCCAUGAGGUGCUGGACUUCCUGACCUUCCUCCCGGGCUCCUGCCCUGCUCCGGCCCCCAGGGCCCUGGGUCAGUGGGGCCGCUCAGGCCAUGCUGCCUGCUUGUUCGCCCAGUCCCACAGCACCAUGAACUACUGGGACCAGAGCCGCGCCCUGAGGGAGGCCAUCCACACCACUGAGGACAGGCUGCAGCUGCUCAAAGAUAUGAUAGAAAGGUAACACACUGGCUGCUGCUUUCCACUGUCUGGAACCACGAGACAGUCUAUAUUUUUGUUCUAGCCCUUCACUAACACACUUGAUUUAACUAAUCACCAAGCCCUUCAUUAGUUGAAUUCGGUGUGUCUGUUUUCAAACACUUUCUGUUUAUCUUUCUUGUGAUGCCUAAUGAUUGAUGGAGGGUACCCUAUUUUCUACUCCUCCAGGUUUACGUUUGUGAUCCCACCGGUGGAGGCUCCGACCAUCACCAUGCACAGCUGCCACCCCCCUCCGUCUCUGAGCCACAAGCAGGCCGUGUUCACCUCGCUGCUCUCCUCCCAGGUGGCCCCGCUCUCACACAGUCUGCACCGCAUCCAGUGCAACAUGAGGACCCACUUCCCUGACCUGAGGCUGAUCCAGUAUGACUGUGGUGAGUCCCCACACCUCAGACAACACACCUGUGUUUUCUAUAGGACUUAACCCCCUAGAGUCAAUUGACACACCGGUGCGUCAAUCUAAGUAACACAAUAAUCAGUCAAUUUGAUCUAGAGAUAUCUGUCGCACUUCCGCAUCAGCAGGGAAAGGUAGCAGAGCUAGAGCGGUGUUUGUCAGACCAUGAGACAUCCCGGAAAUCGGUCUUCUCACAAAAAUGUCUGUAGUGUUGACAUCGUUUGGCCUAUGACCACUCUUUGGAAAGGAGAGACUCUCACGAACACGAUGGUGGUCUCAGUUUUACUCUACGACCCCCCACAAGUGUCUGGGUACUCGUCUGAAGUCGGUACACCAACUUGUGUUUUGAAGCAUCCGAACCGUUUGGGCUACAAACUAAUAUGGAAAAGGGAAAUUCUCACGAACUCGAUGGUGUUCUCCGUUGUGCUCUAUGACCCCCACCAUUGUCACGGGACUUGUCUAAAGGUAACCGGUAAAUGAAUGGAAGUGUGGAGGUAGUUUUGUGCCUACCCCAAAAAAGGGGUUCAAUAUGUGUAAAAAACAAACAAAAAAUAUAUACAGCUCUGGAAAAAAUUAAGAGACCACUGCAAAAUUAUCUGUUUCUCUGGUUUUACUAUUUAUAGGUAUGUUUGGGUAAAAAUAACAUUUUUAUUUUAUUCUAUAAACUACUGACAACAUUUCUCCCAAAUUCCAAAUAAAAAUAUUGUCAUUUAGAGCAUUUAUUUGCAGAAAAUGACAACUGGUCAAAAUAACAAAAAAGAUGCAGUGUUGUCAGACCUCGAAUAAUGCAAAGGAAAUAAGUUCAUGUUCAUUUUUAAACAACACAAUACUAAUGUUUUAACUUAGGAAGGGUUCAGAAAUCAAUAUUUUGUGGAAUAACCCUGAUUUUCAAUCACAGCUUUCAUGCGUCUUGGCAUGCUCUCCACCAGUCUUUCACAUUGAUGUUGGGUGACUUUAUGCCACUCCUUGCGCAAAAAUUCAUGCAGCUCGGCUUUGUUUGUUGGCUUGUGACCAUCCAUCUUCCUCUUGAUCACUUUCCAGAAGUUUUCAAUGGGGUUCAGGUCUGGAGAUUGGGCUGGCCAUGACAGGGUCUUGAUCUGGUGGUCCUCCAUCCACACCUUGAUUGACCUGGCUGUGUGGCAUUGUCCUGCUGGAAAAACCAAUCCUCAGAGUUGGGGAACAAUGUCAGAGCAAAAGGAAGCAAGUUUUCUUCCAGGACAACCUUGUACAUGGCUUGAUUCAUGCGUCCUUCACAAAAACAAAUCUGCCCGAUUCCAGCCUUGCUGAAGCACCCCCAGAUCAUCACCGAUCCUCCACCAAAUUUCACAGUGGGUGCGAGACACUGUGGCUUGUAGGCCUCUCCAGGUCUCCGUCUAACCAUUAGACGACCAGGUGUUGGGCAAAGCUGAAAAUUGGACUCAUCAGAGAAGAUGACCUUACUCCAGUCCUCUACGGUCCAAUCCUUAUGGUCUUUUGCAAACCUCAGCCUGACUCUUCUUUGCUUGUCAUUGAUGAAGGGCUUUUUUCUAGCUUUGCACGACUUCAGCCCUGCCCCUAGGAGCCUGUUUCGAACCGUCCUUGCCGUGCACUUCACCCCAGCUGCCGAGUUGGCGGUCAUCCCGGUCAGUAGAGCGUAGUUUUCGCCCUCUGCCGGUCUGUAGCUUUGUUGUCCCCAAUGUCUGCUGCUUGAACUCAUUGAAAUGUAAGGAUGGAAGCAACCUGACGCUCACCGUAUCCCUCUGCCAGUAAAGCCAGAAUUGGACCCUUCUUUUCCUCACUCAAAACUUUCCUUUUCAACUCUUUUGGCAUGGUCAAUAGUUAUUUUUUGAUUAAUAUGACUUUUGAGGUACUAUUAGCACAGCUUUUGCCAUCCAGCUGGUCCUAUUGCAGGAGGAUAGUGUUGACCACAGCAGUGGUUUUUAUACUUUUCCUCAUUAAAUAAGAUUUGGUUCAGGUGAUCACCUAAUCAGUACCUAAUUCAGUAGAAUGAGGUGUGCCUGUGUUGGAAUUCAACAGACACUGGAAUGGAAUGGCUGUCAUACAUGUAGAGAUGCUGAUUUUAAGAGACAUUUGCAGUGGUCUCUUAAUUUUUUCCAGAUCUGUGUGUAUAUACAUACAUACAUACAUACAUACAUACAUACAUACAUACAUACAUACAUACAUACAUACAUACAUACAUACAUACAUACAUACACAGUGGGGAGAACAAGUAUUUGAUACACGGCUGAUUUUGCAGGUUUUCCUACUUACGGACAAAAUCCCUGCCGCAGUGUGUGCAAACCUGGUCAAGACCUACAGGAAACGUAUGAUCUCUGUAAUUGCAAACAAAGGUUUCUGUACCAAAUAUUAAGUUCUGCUUUUCUGAUGUAUCAAAUACUUAUGUCAUGAAAUAAAAUGCAAAUGAAUUACUUAAAAAUCAUACAAUGUGAUUUUCUGGAUUUUUGUUUUAGAUUCCAUCUCUCACAGUUGAAGUGCACCUAUGAUAAAAAAUUACAGACCUCUACAUGCUUUGUAAGUAGGAAAACCUGCAAAAUCGGCAGUGUAUCAAAUACUUGUUCUCCCCACUGUGUGUGUGUGUGUAUACAGUGGGGAGAACAAGUAUUUGAUACACUGCCGAUUUUGUAGGUUUUCCUACUUACAAAGCAUGUAGAGGUCUGUAAUUUUUAUCAUAGGUACACUUCAACUGUGAGAGACGGAAUCUAAAACAAAAAUCCAGAAAAUCACAUUGUAUGAUUUUUAAGUAAUUAAUUUGCAUUUUAUUGCAUGACAUAAGUAUUUGAUCACCUACCAACCAGUAAGAAUUCCGGCUCUCACAGACCUGUUAGUUUUUCUUUAAGAAGCCCUCCUGUUCUCCACUCAUUACCUGUAUUAACUGCACCUGUUUGAACUCGUUACCUGUAUAAAAGACACCUGUCCACACACUUAAUCAAACAGACUCCAACCUCUCCACAAUGGCCAAGACCAGAGAGCUGUGUAAAGACAUCAGGGAUAAAUUGUAGACCUGCACAAGGCUGGGAUGGGCUACAGGACAAUAGGCAAGCAGCUUGGUGAGAAGGCAGCAACUGUUGGCGCAAUUAUUAGAAAAUGGAAGAAGUUCAAGAUGACGGUCAAUCACCCUCGGUCUGGGGCUCCAUGCAAGAUCUCACCUCGUGGGGCAUCAAUGAUCAUGAGGAAGGUGAGGGAUCAGCCCAGAACUACACGGCAGGACCUGGUCAAUGACCUGAAGAGAGCUGGGACCACAGUCUCAAAGAAAACCAUUAGUAAAACACUACGCCGUCAUGGAUUAAAAUCCUUCAGUGUACGCAAGGUCCCCCUGCUCAAGCCAGCGCAUGUCCAGGCCCGUCUGAAGUUUGCCAAUGACCAUCAGGAUGAUCCAGAGGAGGAAUGGGAGAAGGUCAUGUGGUCUGAUGAGACAAAAAUAUAACUUUUUGGUCUAAACUCCACUUGCUCGUGUUUGGAGGAAGAAGAAGGAUGAGUACAACCCCAAGAACACCAUCCCAAUCGUGAAGCAUGGAGGUGGAAACAUCAUUCUUUGGGGAUGCUUUUCUGCAAAGGGGACAGGACAACUGCACCGUAUUGAGGGGAGGAUGGAUGGGGCCAUGUAUCGCGAGAUCUUGGCCAACAACCUCCUUCCCUCAGUAAGAGCAUUGAAGAUGGGUCAUGGCUGGGUCUUCCAGCAUGACAACGACCCGAAACACACAGCCAGGGCAACUAAGGAGUGGUUCCGUAAGAAGCAUCUCAAAGUCCUGGAGUGGCCUAGCCAGUCUCCAGACCUGAACCCAAUAGAACAUCUUUGGAGGGAGCUGAAAGUCCGUAUUGCCCAGCGACAGCCCCAAAACCUGAAGGAUCUGGAUAAGGUCUGUAUGGAGGAGUGGGCCAAAAUCCCUGCUGCAGUGUGUGCAAACCUGGUCAAGACCUACAGGAAACGUAUGAUCUCUUUAAUUGCAAACAAAGGUUUCUGUACCAAAUAUUAAGUUCUGCUUUUCUGAUGUAUCAAAUACUUAUGUCAUGCAAUAAAAUGCAAAUUAAUUACUUAAAAAUCAUACAAUGUGAUUUUCUAGAUUUUUGUUUUAGAUUCCGUCUUUCACAGUUGAAGUGUACCUAUGAUAAAAAUUACAGACCUCUACAUGCUUUGUAAGUAGGAAAACCUGCAAAAUUGGCGGUGUAUCAAAUACUUGUUCUCCCCACUGUGUGUGUGUGUGUAUGUAUAUGUAUAUAUAUAUAUAUAUAUACACACACACACACAGAUCUGGAAAAAAUUAUGAGAGAGAGAGAUUGGGGGAAGAGGGGGUGGCAUAUGUACAGUGGGGAAAAAAAGUAUUUAGUCAGCCACCAAUUGUGCAAGUUCUCCCACUUAAAAAGAUGAGAGAGGCCUGUCAUUUUCAUCAUAGGUACACGUCAACUAUGACAGACAAAUUGAGAGAAAAAAAUUCCAGAAUAUCACAUUGUAGGAUUUUUAAUGAAUUUAUUUGCAAAUUAUGGUGGAAAAUAAGUAUUUGGUCAAUAACAAAAGUUUCUCAAUACUUUGUUAUAUACCCUUUGUUGGCAAUGACACAGGUCAAACGUUUUCUGUAAGUCUUCACAAGGUUUUCACACACUGUUGCUGGUAUUUUGGCCCAUUCCUCCAUGCAGAUCUCCUCUAGAGCAGUGAUGUUUUGGGGCUGUCGCUGGGCAACACGGACUUUCAACUCCCUCCAAAGAUUUUCUAUGGGGUUGAGAUCUGGAGACUGGCUAGGCCACUCCAGGACCUUGAAAUGCUUCUUACGAAGCCACUCCUUCGUUGCCCGGGCGGUGUGUUUGGGAUCAUUGUCAUGCUGAAAGACCCAGCCACGUUUCAUCUUCAAUGCCCUUGCUGAUGGAAGGAGGUUUUCACUCAAAAUCUCACGAUACAUGGCCCCAUUCAUUCUUUCCUUUACACGGAUCAGUCAUCCUGGUCCCUUUGCAGAAAAACAGCCCCAAAGCAUGAUGUUUCCACCCCCAUGCUUCACAGUAGGUAUGGUGUUCUUUGGAUGCAACUCAGCAUUAUUUGUCCUCCAAACACGACGAGUUUAGUUUUUACCAAAAGGUUAUAUUUUGGUUUCAUCUGACCAUAUGACAUUCUCCCAAUCCUCUUCUGGAUCAUCCAAAUGCACUCUAGCAAACUUCAGACGGGCCUGGACAUGUACUGGCUUAAGCAGGGGGACACGUCUGCCACUGCAGGAUUUGAGUCCCUGGUGGCGUAGUGUGUUACUGAUGGUAGGCUUUGUUACUUUGGUCCCAGCUCUCUGCAGGUCAUUCACUAGGUCCCCCCGUGUGGUUCUGGGAUUUUUGCUCACCGUUCUUGUGAUCAUUUUGACCCCACGGGCUGAGAUCUUGCGUGGAGCCCCAGAUCGAGGGAGAUUAUCAGUGGUCUUGUAUGUCUUCCAUUUCCUAAUAAUUGCUCCCACAGUUGAUUUCUUCAAACCAAGCUGCUUACCUAUUGCAGAUUCAGUCUUCCCAGCCUGGUGCAGGUCUACAAUUUUGUUUCUGGUGUCCUUUGACAGCUCUUUGGUCUUGGCCAUAGUGGAGUUUGGAGUGUGACUGUUUGAGGUUGUGGACAGGUGUCUUUUAUACUGAUAACAAGUUCAAACAGGUGCCAUUAAUACAGGUAACGAGUGGAGGACAGAGGAGCCUCUUAAAGAAGAAGUUACAGGUCUGUGAGAGCCAGAAAUCUUGCUUGUUUGUAGGUGACCAAAUACUUAUUUUCCACCAUAAUUUGCAAAUAAAUUCAUAAAAAAUCCUACAAUGUGAUUUUCUGGAGAAAAAAAUUCUUCUCAAUUUGUCUGUCAUAGUUGACGUGUACCUAUGAUGAAAAUUACAGGCCUCUCUCAUCUUUUUAAGUGGGAGAACUUGCACAAUUGGUGGCUGACUAAAUACUUUUUUCCCCCUAUAUAUAUAUAUAUAUUAUAGUCCCCUGUAGCUCAGUUGGUAGAGCAUGGCGCUUGCAACGCCAGCCUUGUGGGUUCGUUUCUCACGGGGGGCCAGUUUGAAAAUGUAUGCAUUCACUUAACUGUAAGUGGCUCUGGAUAAGAGUGUCUGCUAAAUGACCAACAUUUUUUUUUUAAAUACACACACACACACACACACACACACACACACACACACACACACACACACAGAGAGUACCAGUCAAAAGUUUGUACACACCUACUCAUUCCAGGGUUUUCCUUUAUUUUUACUAUUUUCUACAUUGUAGAAUAAUAGUGAAGACAUCAAAACUAUGAAAUAACACAUAUGGUAUCUUGUAGUAACCAAAAAAGUGUUAAACAAUUCAAAAUAUAUUUUAUAUUUGAGAUUCUUCAAAGUAGCCACCCUUUGCCUUGAUGACAGCUUUGCACACUCUUGGCAUUCUCUCAACCAGCUUCAUGAGGUAGUCACCUGGAAUGCAUUUCAAUUAACAGGUGUGCCUUGUUAAAAGUUAAUUUGUGGGAUUUCUUUCCUCCUUAAUGCGUUUGAGCCAAUCAGUUGUGUUCUGACAAGGUAGAGUUGGUAUACAGAAGAUAGCCCUAUUUAGUAAAAUAUCAAGUCCAUAUUAUGAAAAGACCAGCUCAAAUAAGCAAAGAGAAACGAUAGUCCAUCAUUACUUUAAGACAUGAAGGUCAGUCAAUCUGGAACAUUUCAAGAACUUUGAAAGUUUUUCAAGUGCAGUCGCAAAAACCAUCAAACGCUAUGAUGAAACUGGCUCUCAUGAGGACCGCCACAGGAAAGGAAGACCCAGAGUUACCUCUGCUGCAGAGGAUAAGUUCAUUUAGUUACCAGCCUCAGAAAUUGCAGCCUAAAUAAAUGCUUCACAGAGUUCAAAUAACAGACACAUCUCAACAUCAACUGUUCAGAGGAGACAGUGUGAAUCAGACCUUCAUGGUUGAAUUGCUGCAAAGAAACCACUACUAAAGAACACCAAUAAGAAGAAGAGACUUGCUUGGGCCAAGAAACACAAGCAAUGGUCAUUAGACCGGUGGAAAUCUGUCCUUUUGGUCUGAUGAGUCCAAAUGUGAGAUUUUUGGUUCCAACCGCCGUGUCUUUGUGAGACGCAGAGUAGGUGAACGGAUGUUCUCGUGAAGCAUGGAGGAGGAGGAGGUGUGGGGGUGCUUUGCUGGUGACACUGUCAGUGAUUUAUUUAGAAUUCAAGGCACAGUUAUUCAGCAUGGCUACCACAGCAUUCUGCAGCGAUACGCAAUCCCAUUUGGUUUGGACUAUAAUUUGUUUUUCAACAGGACAAUGACCCAACACACCUCCAGGCUGUGUAAGGGGUAUUUGACCAAGAAGGAGAGUGAUGGAGUGCUGCAUCAGAUGACCUGGCCUCCACAAUCACCCGACCUCAACCCAAUUGAGAUGGUUUGGGAUGAGUUGGACCGCAGAGUGAAAGAAAAGCAGGCAACAAGUGCUCAGCAUAUGUGGGAACUCCUUCAAGACUGUUGGAAAAGCAUUCCAGGUGAAGCUGGUUGAGAGAAUGCCAAGAGUGUGCAAAGCUGUCAUAUUUGAAGAAUCUUAAAUAUAAAAUAUAUUUUGAUUUGUUAACACUUUGUGGAUUACUACAUGAUUCCAUAUGUGUUAUUUCAUAGUUUUGAUGUCUUCACUAUUAUUCUACAAUGUAGAAAAUAGUAAAAAUAAAGAAAAACCCUUGAAUGAGUAGGCGUGUCCAAACUUUUGACUAGUACUAUAUAUAUUUAUGGAAAACAAUUUUUUACUGUCUUUUCUGCCAUUUACGAAUGUGUUUUUCGAUGCGUAAAAAUUCAAUAUUUUAUUAAAUAAUUGUUUUCUAUUUUUUGGGGACACCUAAAGGGGUCCUAAAAUUCAAAAUCAAAUGGCUAAAUGAUCCUUCUUAAAACAAUUCCAUAUGUCAGCUUAUAACAAUAGGUGGGGCUGGUACAUCCUGUAUAAACACAAACUCACUUUCUUGACAACAAACAUGGAGAACUUUGACGAAAGGCUGUCAGAUCAAGUUAACAUAAAAAAGGUCUUUAUGAUACCUCGUGUAGAGAUUUCCAAGACAGGAAAAUGAGUUUGAACUUCUGGAAAGAGAUCGGGGAGAUAAUGUGGAUAGACGCAGGAAAAGGUCAAUGGAAUGCAGACAGUGGGGUAGAAGGACGUUGGAUUGACGCACAUUCAACAAAUCUGAUCUAACAAAGUGUUUAUUUGUUAAGUCUGUCAUGAUGAUUGAUGUAUUGUAACAAGCCCACACUGUGGUUACUAAAAUCUGAUUUGGAUAUACACUGGAAAAAAUCUAAAUGUUAAGUGUUGGUCCCAUGUUUCAUGAGCUGAAAUAAAAAAACAUCCCAGAAAUUUUCCAUACGCACAAAAAGCGUAUUUCUCUCAAAUUUUGUGCACAAAUUAGUUUUUAUAUCCCUGUGAGUGAGCAUUUUCUCCUUUGCCAAGAUAAUUCAUCCACCUGACAGGUGUGGCAUAUCAAGAAGCUAAUUAAACAGCAUGAUCACCCAUGCCUGCACCCCAGCCCAGUCAUGUAAAAUCCAUAGAUUAGGGCCUAAUGACUGAUUUCCUUAUAUGAACUGUAACUCAGUAAAAUCUUUGAAAUUGUUGCAUGUUGAGUUUAUUUUUGUUCAAUAUAUUUGACUGUUUUUGCUGCAUAACAUUUAAAGAUGUGCUCUCUGUAGCUCAGCUGGUAGAGCACGGCACUUGUAACGCCAAGGUAGUGGGUUCGAUCCCCGGGACCACCCAUACACACAAAAAAAAAAUGUAUGCACGCAUGACUGUAAGUCGCUUUGGAUAAAAGCGUCUGCUAAAUGGCUUAUUAUUAUUAUUAUUAUUAUUAUUAUUAUAAAGUUGUUAGAACUGAAUCACUACGAGUGGUGCGGUGCAGACACAUUUAUCGGAUGCGUACGACAGCUCGCUGAAUCGCAAGAUAUAUAUGAAUGCUCUGACUUCUGCGGCGGCCGCAUUGCAGUAAAUGUGGUCCGGCCAUUGCAGACAUCGGAUUGACCAUGCAGAGUCUUUUAGGAAACUUGUCUUGUUUUCGCUUGGCAUUCGUCGAGGAAUUUGAACUCUGACACCUCCAUCAGUUUGGCUGUGUGUUUGCACACACCAUGACACGGAAAGCCACUGUGUUAAGUAGAAGUGCUGUUACUUCAGUGAUUGAUACGGUGAUGAGUCGAAAUGGGAUACAGUCUGUCUCUGGGUUCACUGCGUCAGGCUUAGGUUCUGUGUCUCUGGGUUCAGUACCCCAGAGCAUCGUGUCUUUCAGUUGAAGACAUUGAGGCAUUUGUCUGAGAAGGGGCCCCAAAAAAGUAAAAGUGCUUUUAACUCAAUACAGCCUUUGAACGAUAACACUCUGUGGUGUGUGCAGGUAAGCUGCAGACGCUCCACACUCUGCUGCGACGGCUGAAGGAGGGCCAACACCGUGUGCUCAUUUUCACCCAGAUGACCCGCAUGCUGGACGUGCUGGAGCAGUUCCUUGGCUACCACGGGCACAUCUACCUCCGCCUGGACGGCAGCACCCGCGUCGAGCAGAGACAGGUGAGUGGCUCCUGAGCUCUAUGGGAUUCUACUGUUGUGUUGGACUUCAGCAACUCAAUUAGUUGGGGUCAAUUCCAUUUCAAUUCAAAUUCUUUUGGACAAGGAAUUUUACGGCUCUUUUGGUUUCUUGAGUUGAAUGGAAUUGACGCGGAGUUCAAUACUGUGCUGAAACUGCUGAAGGAUGCUGACUGUUGGUUGAAAACAAAAAACAUUUGGUUUCUCCUGUGUCCGUUAUACAUCUUUCUCUCCCUCUCAGUCCCUGAUGGAUCGCUUCAACGCGGACCGCCGCAUCUUCUGCUUCAUCCUGUCCACACGUAGCGGCGGCGUGGGGGUGAACCUGACGGGCGCCGACACGGUGGUGUUCUACGACAGUGACUGGAACCCCACCAUGGACGCCCAGGCCCAGGACCGCUGCCACCGCAUCGGACAGACCCGCGACGUCCACAUCUACAGGUACACAGUGAAACCAUCCCCUGCCUCUUUCUUAGACUGUUAAACCAAUCUGACAUUACUUCCCUCUAAGGCACAUCAUCUCAGGACUAUGGUAGUUGUUUAGUUUCCUCUAGAUUUUACACAGAAAGUCUCCAGAAGCAGCAUGGCAGUCCACAUACUUCGACUCUGAAGAUAUGACAAUGUGUUGAACACUCUUCCCCCUUCCAGGCUGAUCAGUGAGCGCACGGUGGAGGAAAACAUCCUGAAGAAGGCCAACCAGAAGAGGAUGCUGGGAGACAUGGCCAUCGAAGGAGGCAACUUCACCACCGCUUUCUUCAAACAGGUACGUCUCCACUGAUACAACUCUUUGACGUCGUCCAUUCACUCUGAAUUGAGGGCAAUUCAAAACGAACUACGCUCCUCUCUCUCCUCUCAGCAAACCAUCAGGGAACUAUUUGAAGUUACGGAGGGGGAGAAGAAGGAGGUGACCGUAGAGCUCUCUGUGCCCCAGCCUGAGGAAGAGGAGACGGGCAACAAACAGAGCACCACCAUCCUGGAGCAGGUCAGUCACAACCAACACACUAGCAAUAACAGGAUGUAUAGGAGGUUUACUGGGGUGUUCAGAGCAGGUGUCUCUCAGACCAUAGGUGCCUGUUUAUACCACAACAAACAGCAGCAGGAGUCUGGAAGAGACCCAGAGACUAGCAGUGUUUGGACCAGCACUGACUCCAUACAAAUAAGCUUUAAAUAUAUAAUGAAUAAACUUGAUUAUUAGAGGUCCAAUGAUUGUGUUAUUUAAGUCAGCAAAACAUCAAUCUUACUCCAGGUAGUACUGUUCCCAUAAAGUAAUUUUCUCUCUGCCACAGGCCCUGUGUCGUGCUGAGGAUGAGGAGGACAUAGUGGCCGCUUCCCAAGCCAAAGCAGAGCAGGUAGCUGAACUGGCAGAGUUCAACGAGGCCAUCCCAUUGGACGAGGCUGGUGAAGGGAGGGACCCGGAAGAGGAGGAGCUCUCCAAGGCUGAGCAGGAGAUAGCGGCUCUUGUGGAGCAGGUGAUUGUUGCUCAAUAUCCCUGUUUUUGGCCUAUCCCAUCUGUUAUUUGACGAUGUGGAGCACAUUUAGCUUUUUGCAAAUCUGACCGCCUAUCUGUUUCCCCCAUAUCUCAGCUAACUCCUAUAGAACGCUAUGCUAUGAACUUCCUGGAGGCUUCACUGGAGGAUGUGUGUAAGGAGGAAUUAAAGCAAGCCGAGGUAAGUUUGCUAUUUCUCAGUGCAUUUAGGAGAGCUUGACGUGUGUCCAUGUUUAAUUGGUUCACCCUAUUAGAGACCUGAGUUAAAAUAAAAAGCAUUAACAACUGCCCAUCUCUCUGCUCUGUGUUUACAGGAGCAGGUGGAGGCUGCCAGGAAGGGGCUGGACCAGGCAAAGGAGGAGGGCCUGAAGCUGCAAGCAGGCUCCUCAGACAACGACGAAGAGGACUUCUCAUCACAGCCAGCAGAGGAGUCUUCGACGCCCGGGUCCGGCCGCCGCCCACGCAAACACAAAGAGAAAGGCGCCCCCUCCACCAGGACCAGUGGCAGGCUCCGAGGGACCACGGCCUCCCCACCGCCCACUUCGCCAGAUUCCGACACCCCAACCAACAGAGAAGUGCCUGAAAGACUCCGCUCUGCUCUGAGAGGACGAGGGGGGACCAAAGACACCACCACCCCGGCCCGCACAGAGCACCCCAGGGCCCACACCACCCCAGCAAGGCUCGAGGAAUCUGCCAAACCUGCAGCGACAACCCCGGCCUCUCCUUCUAGAGACUCCAGCCUCAAAUCCGUGUCGGCAGCGCCACCUCUCCGGACCCAGUCCCACUCCAGCUCAGUGCCUUCCACUGCCACCAGUCCUCCAGCUGAGAAACCACUGACACUACCAGGGGAGUUAGACACCAAGUCACCCAGGAGGGAGCAGGGAGUGUGUGUCUCCUCGUGUCCGGUGGACCACCAGUCAUACUCUGCCCAGGCCAGGGAUUAUGACAGCAAGUCCCUAUCUCCCCCCUCGGUGUGCUCUCUCUCCCGGUCGCCACGCAAGCGCCAGUCAGCCGACGGGGAGGUCCUGCUAGGCCUUCCGGAACAUUCCCCGUCGGCCAAGGUCCUGCGGAGGCUCCCUGGUCGCCUGGUUACAGUGGUGGAGGACAAGGAGCCCAGGAAGAGGAGGAGAGGCAGCGGAACGGGAGGAGGCUCAUCAGAGGAGACGGAGCACGCAGAGUCGGGCCGAGGCUCAGACGAGCCAAGCAGAGAUGCUACACCCCAGACCCCUGACAAAAUCAACCAGACCCCUAAAGAGAAAGGGACUGCCUCAAAAUACUCCUCAAAGACCACCAACCUCCCAGAGGACCAAGAAUCCCCUUCAAGACACACCCAUCCUGCCAGAAGCUACCCCCCUUACUCCCCACCCUACCACUCCCCUGACAUGCCGGUGCUGAGGAACCUGCCAGUGCGGCGGCGGCUUGAGAGUGAGUCUCGCGUGGCGGCCCAGUUAGGAGAGCAGGGGCUGGGCCGAGGGAGGGGAGGGAACUACCACAGGAAAAUGGACACUCAGCCAGGAAAAGAAGGCAAUGCGUCCUCAGGCACUAAUGUUUCUAACUCGACCACACCGUUGAAACGAAAGAGGGGCCGACCCCCCAAGACUCCCCUCAGGGUGGCGGAACCCCAGCCAGAGCAUGUAUCCCCUCCCCACCCUACCUCACCAAUUGAGGAGGGGAGCCCACCCCUCUCCCCAAAACGCAAGAGAGGUCGUCCCCGCAAGGACUCGACUACUGUAACGGAUGCUGUGGGUGCAGUGCAGAACUCAAACGCCCCCACUGCCAGCACCACCAGCCAAGCUGGUUCCCUGUCUGACACUGCUGCUGUUGACACAGAGCCACUACCCCUGUCUGCCCCCACUAAGCCUCAAACUGUGGCCUCCUCUGCUGUCUGCACCAGCCAAGCCUCUCCGUCUACCAAAGCUGAGGACUCCACCGCAACAUUAAAAGCAGACACUAAGACUGAGGUCCCUAUCACAACCCUAACUGCUAUCCUUGCGCCAAGCCCAGCUCAAGUCCUUACCACAACUGCUAUUCCUGCACCAAGCCGAACUCAAGUUCCCACCUCAAUUCCAAUCUCUGUCUCCACCUCAAGCGAUGUCCCUGUCUCAAGCUCACCCACCAUUUCCACCUCUGUUCCAAUUGCAAUCCCCUCCACAAGCUCACCCACAGUCCCCACCUUAAACUCAACCUCUGUUCCUGCCGCAAGUUCACCCACAGUUUCCACCCCAAGCUCACACACAGUAUCCACAUCGAGGAUGACCUUUGGUCCUGCCUCAAGGUCAACCUCUGGUCCCAUUCGAAUUCCAACCGCAGUCCUCACCUCAACCCUGGCCCAAUUCCUCACUUCAAGACCUAGAGUCGCCACUUCACCGCCAGUCUCCACUUCUCCAUCAAUCUCCACAACAACUACCACACAAAUCUUCACCCCUACCCACAACAAGAUUUCCACUCUUCCCCUCGCCCAAAUCACUAUCCCUACUCCAGCUCGAGCCCAAAUCCCCAAAAUGUCCACCUCAGCCUCUACUCCAACCAGCACCCCCACACCAACAGUCACAAAUGUCAAACCAACCCCUACUCCGGUCCCUACCACAAUUGUCACAACCCAUCUACCAACACUUAGUAAACCAACCUCAAUCGCCGAUCUGACCACAAUUUCCACACCAGCCCCACCCAGAAUUGUCACCACCGUUGCACCAGCCCCAACCACAGCCAUCACAGCAUCUCCUGCCACAACCUCCAUACCAACUUCUACCAAAAUCACCACCACUACCCCCACACCAGGCCCUACACCAACCAUCACAUCAACUGCUACACCAGACCCUACCACAACUGUCACAACCGUCAAACCAACCCACACACCAGUCCCUACCACGAUCAACACAACCUCUGCUCCAAUUCCCAACACCAUCCCCACAGCAGCCCCAACCAGAACUGUCACCACUGUUGCUGCAGCUACUACCACAACACCAACCUCCACCCCUUCCCAAGUACCCAACUCCACCACCACCAAAAUCCACACACAGAUAUCCCCCCCAAUCCCCACUCCAAGUUCAACACAAGUACUCCCCCUGGCCCAAAUUCCUAUUACAUCCAGCAUCUCUACUGCUGUGGCUGCCACUGAGAACCAGGCUUUGGAGCCUGCUCCAGUGGAGACUGCCCAUAACAGAGAUUCAGAGAAGAUAACAGACAUGGAGGUAGACACCCAGGAGGCUAAAGAGGACAAAAAGACUAAAGAGAUUAGUGACUCUCAACUGAAAAAUAGGAAAGUGGAGAAUUCUCAUGAAGCCAAAGACACUGUCUCUCCCACUCCCUCGCUUGCUGACCCAGAGGCCCCAGUGGCUCCUCGGCCAGAAGAAACGGAUAAACAGAAGGUAGAGGAGAGCGUCGGAGAUGACAGAGCCGCCAGCAAGAAGAGGCCUCUCAGUCGCCAGAGCAGUCAGGAGUCUGUGCGCUCCUCCUCUCCCUCCUCUGUGUGUUCCACAUCCACCCCCACACGGUCAGCCCAACACAAGAAGGGUGCAGAGAAGAGGGCACAUGCCAAGAGGAUGCGAGGGGAGGUUUGCUCUGACCCAGAAAAGGGAGAGGUGAAGACAGAGGAAGAUUUCACCAACACUACACAGAGGAAGCAGUCCAGGUCCUCCUCUUCAGACUCUGACACCUCUGAAACCAGGAAGGAGCGCCUCCUCACCCGCUCAGCCCAGAGCCGACAGGAGACCGAGGGGGAUGGAGAGAGCAACGGGCGGAUUGGAAGACCCGCCAGGAGCUCUGAACGUGUGGGCAGGACUGUGUCCAACAACACCAGUACUGGGGAGUCUGGCAGCCAGACAUCCUCUGUGAGAGUCACCCGGAAAUCGUCUGUUCCUCAGCCCACCCCAGAGAGAGAACCCCAGCCCAACAGUGUGCCCUCUAGCCCUACCCAUCCAGAGGUCCUAGGGAAGAGGUGUUCCGCCCUGAAUGCUGCAGCCAAACUCCUUGCCAUGCGAGGCAGGAUCGACACCCCUGGCAGCAGGAAAGACCCUGCGGCUAAGACUAGUGGGCAGAAUGCCACUUCUCCUGCUUCCUCUGACAAGAACCAGAAGUCCAAAUCUAAAAGUGCACCAGCCACUCCGCAAACCAACUGCAUCAACAAAGUAGGAAGCAGCAAGACCACAACCCCCACCCAGUCAAGCCACACCGCCGCACGCUCCACCCGCCAGUGCCCUGGUGCCCUCGUCCCAGCCCUGGAGACGAACAACAAGAGGGGGAGCAAAAAGAAGGAGAAGGAAAAGAAGAAGCCCUCAGAGGGAAAGGAGGAGGGUGAGCGGGAGACGCGCUCGUCCAGGGGCCACAGUGCAUGCAGCAGCACGAGUAGCGAUGGUGGCGGUAGCAGCCAGAGCAGCAGCAAUAGCCUCAGCUCCCAGAGCACCGGGCCCAGGCGCAACCUCUCACGAGCACCCUCCUCCGGCAGCGAACGUGAACGCAGCACCGAGAGGGGCAGGAGGCGCAGCCACAGGAAGGAAGGAGAGGGCCGGGGGAGGGAGACCCGGAAGGAAAGAAAGGAGAGGCACGCCCAGAAGCGGGAGAGGCUCUCCCAGGAAGGGAACGCCGGCUCGGGAGAGGGCACCCCGGACAGGGUGCUGCGCAGCGUGGCGGCUAUGGCAGCGGCUCAGGCCCGCACACCGGCCGCUAACACCCGCUCCUCCUCUGCCCAACACAACAAGACAUGAUGGGAGGACUAGAGAUACAAAAAAAAAGCAGCGAGAAGGAGUGAGGGUUUCUGAGUGGAAUAAUAGAGGGGUAGGUGGUAAGAGGGGAAAUGACCUCUAAAGCUGCUGCUUUGUCUACACUGACAGAGACCAGAGCAGAACUAUGAGUGUUGUGCAGGUCAGACCUCUCUCCCUCUUGGGCCCUCUCGCCCCACCCCACAUUAAAGCUGGUCUCUCCAGUUCAGCCAUCAUCCACUGGGGAAAGGCUCAGGGAUGCCAGACUGUUUGCAGAGAGAAAUGUGGCACCAUGGUAGUGCCAUUCCAGAGGUG